AUGGCGUCGUCAAGGGCAGUCACAAGACUGGUGGCCUACCGGCGCCCCUCUCCUUUGCCGUUUUCCUUUUCCUCGUCGCCCUCCAUCAACCGCUCCGCCGUCAUACCCGCUUUCUCUUUCUCGACAUCAUCCUCCCAGAGUGCGACACCACAUGGCCCGCCACAGCCUGGCUUUCGCCUACCUCCACCAAAAAGAUGGGAUCAGAGUGAUGAAUCUACUUUGGAUAAAGCCGGAAAAUUCUUUUUGAUGACAGAGUUGUUUCGCGGCAUGUACGUGGUGCUGGAGCAGUUCUUCAGGCCACCAUAUACAAUCUAUUACCCCUUCGAGAAAGGUCCAAUCUCGCCACGCUUCCGUGGUGAACACGCAUUGCGCCGGUACCCAUCCGGCGAAGAGAGAUGCAUUGCUUGCAAACUCUGCGAAGCUAUCUGCCCUGCACAAGCUAUCACCAUCGAAGCCGAAGAGCGAGAGGAUGGAAGUAGACGAACCACCCGAUAUGAUAUCGACAUGACCAAGUGCAUCUACUGUGGUUUCUGUCAGGAGAGCUGCCCUGUAGACGCCAUUGUCGAGUCACCCAACGCCGAAUACGCGACGGAAACUAGAGAAGAAUUAUUGUACAACAAGGAGAAAUUGCUCGCCAAUGGUGAUAAAUGGGAGCCCGAACUGGCCGCAGUUGCUCGUGCGGAUGCGCCUUACAGGUAA